AUGGACUCCCAACCCUCACCACCACACACCCUGACCCAAACAGUUAAGGAAACUGCCGAACAAUACUCCCUCUUCAUCCUAAUCGCCAUCCUGAUUUUCUCCAUCCUCUCAACCCGCACCAUCACUGGACUCCAAAGUCAAAGCCAUGCGGACUCUGCGGACGGUGAGCCGCGUCGUGUCCGGAAACUUCCUUAUUGGGUACCUGGGCUAGGGCACGCUUUUUCUUAUUUGUGGAGGCAUCGGGAGUUUUUGCUUGAUGCUCAAAAAACUAUGAAUGAGCCUGUGGUGGCUCUUCAGAUGGGCUUGCAGACGCAGUAUCUUGUGUACUCGCCUGAUAUGAUUAAGUCACUUAUCAACAGUGGUGACGCUCGCUUUGGGGUUUACUUUCCGAGAGUAAUGGAGUACUUUGUAGGCGACAAUGGAGCUUCUCGCAGGUUGUCGCCACAGGCCCGGCAAGCGAUCGAUGCUACAUUGAUACCUCUUACUCAAGAGCCAUAUCUCAAAAAAUUUACAUCGGCAUUAGCCAAAGCCUUGGAGCGCGAGACUGCAGAUUUCGUCUCGUUUAAUCGGAGUCUGAUUGACCAGAUGAUCUGGGAACGCAAUACUGGUAUAUCGGUGAUAGAUAGCAACGGUAUCGACUCGCAAAGCUGUCAAGUGGGGUUAUUUGCAUUGACCAGGUGUUUCGCCAGCUAUCACAUUACAUAUGUCCUCAUGGGACAAGCUCUGUUGGACUUUCACCCCGGAAUUGUGGAAGACUUGAUGAGUUGGGACCAGGAAUAUGUGCGGUUAAUAGCCGGCGCUCCACGAUGGAUUCCCUCACCGGGCAUAUCUGCUGCAUACGCCGCUCGAGAUCGUGUGCAAAAGACCAUAUCGGUACUUCAAGCCUCUUUUUCGGCGCUUGAAGACGGUCGAAACGCUCCCUUGGAGUUCCGCGAUUUGGAUGACGUCUCGGACCUAGUCCAAGAACGCAUGCGAUGUUGGCGAACAUCGGGGAUCUCAGCUUCGCUCAGCGCUCGACUCGACGCCUGGUUACUGUGGAAGAUGACUACAGAUGCAUCGAAACUGGUAUUUUGGAAUAUACUACACAUCUUCUCAAACCCCGACUUAUUGUCUAGUGUGCGAAAGGAGAUUGAGCCAUAUGUCAAAGUAUCUCGUUCGGAUCCAAAAGUCACCGGUCUGCCUAUAGCGGAACCGCCGAGACUAUCCAUUGAUACGGAGAAGCUUUUUACGAGUUGUAUGUUACUAAAAGCAACGUUCGCAGAGACAAUACGUUUGGACGCGAAUCCAAUUUCUUAUCGGCAAUUGACUGCAGAUCUGACCUUGACGGAAUCAGAGGAAGAUGCAACUGUUUUCGGCCGUGACAGUGAAAAAAAUCCCCGGUCUUACCAAUUUUACAAAAACGAUAUCAUAGGUCUCGCAAGUGGCGCACACCACGCCGAUUCGAGAUACUACCGAGACUCUAAACGGUUCACGCCUCACCGCUUCCUUUCACGUGCUGCUUCGCCUCCAUCAUCAAAAUCAAGGGAAAACGAUGAAAAGCCUCCUGUCACCAGGUUUGAUUGGCAGGCGGUCCAACCAUUUGCCGGAGACGAGACGUUUAGUACUCUGAUCGAAAGAGAAGUUAUGCUGAUCACGGCUUCAAUCAUUUCGUUGUGGGAUGUUGAGUCUGUGGACAGUAAGAAGGAAUUGAAGAUUCCGGGUCAUAGUCUAUCGGCGAAUGCGUUUUUGCCUUCUUCUGAUGUCAAGGUUCGAUUGACAAGGCAUGAAUAG